AGUCAAAAGUACAAACCCACUUCUCCUGUCUUCCCGUCUUUCUCUCUCCAUUCUUCAUUUUUUUUGACCAAAAACUUUUGCUUCAACCAAUCUUUCUUUUUCAAGAACACAAUUCUUCUUCAUCUUCUUCUUCUCCUUCGAUUCUCAACUUCAUUUUCAUAACAAUUCCUUCUUUUUUUUUCUUUUAUUAUUCUUUUAUUUAUAAAAAUAAUUUUCUAAAAAUGGAAACUGAACAACACAAACCCAAAAAAGAAGAAUCUAACCCAGAUAUGAUUUCUCAAAACAAUUCUAAUUCUAUUAAUUCUAACAAUUCUAAUUUUAAUUAUACUUCUUUCUCGAAGCUUCUAGAAGGCGUUGUUUUGGCUGCUAAUUCUUCUCAUUCGCCUAAUCCUUCACUCAAAACUGACGUCUUUCAGGGACAGUUUGUGAUGUCUCAUCAAGAAGCCUUGGCCAAUGUUACUGCUAAAGCUGCACAGACUCAUCCCGAAACAAAACUCGAAGCUGAAUCGACAAACUCUUUGAUCAAACCGUUGCCAAACCAUAGCGCCUCGUGCAAUACAGACAAACCGUUAGACGAUGCUCCAAGGACACCGAAAUCAGAUGGGUAUAGCUGGCGGAAAUAUGGCCAAAAACAAGUGAAAAGCUCAGGGAGUUCUAGAAGCUAUUAUCGUUGCACUUCUACCUCUUGUUGUGCCAAAAAGAAGGUUCGACAUUUAGAUGUAUCGGGGGAAGUUGUUGAAGUUGUUUAUAAAGGAGAACACAAUCACGAUCCUCCUCGAAACAUCAAGGGCUCUGGUCGAAGGAAGGAUUCAGCUCUACGCACGAGCAUCUCCAAUGGCUCGUCUGUACAAAAUCAUGAUGUUUCUCAACCGGUUACGUGUGACAAAGAAGAUGAACAAAUACGAACUUUUACUGAUAAGUCCCAGGAUGAAAAAUUCAUCAGUGUGGCUGAAGAAUCAACCAGAGAUGCUGCUGAGGAGCAAAAUAUCAAAACAAAUGAUACUACCUUAAGACCUGAGAGUGAGGUAGCCAUAGUGGAACACCAUAGCAGGUUGAGAUCAGAAAAUUCUAAUGAAGCUGCCAUAAUUGAUCCCAUGAGGGUGCCUGAUGUUGCUCCGUUGAAGAAACGAAGGAUAAAAGAAAGUGGUAAAGCUUGCUCCGAAUUGGUGUACAGAACCUUCAAGGAUCCGAAAAUUGUAGUGCAUUCCGUGGGCGAUAUUGGAUUGCCUAGCGAUGGGUACCGGUGGCGCAAGUACGGCCAAAAGAUGGUUAAAGGAACUCCACAUCCUAGGAGUUAUUAUAGGUGCUCAUCUGCCGGUUGUCCUGUUCGCAAGCAUGUUGAAAGGGCUACCGACGAUUCAAGUGCAAUCAUAGUUACUUAUGAAGGAAAGCACGAUCAUGAUGUACCCGUUCCUAAGAAGCAUAAUCAAACUAGCUUACUUAAUCCCAUGCCUUCUAGUGCAGACACGGUGUUGGAUAAGUCGGAAAACAAGUCUCAACACAAAGCAUCCGGUUCGGAGCAGUCUAAAAAUUCAGGUAUUGAUCUCGGGGAAGAAAAGGCUAACGGAGAUAAAGUGUUAGAGUCUGCUCGUACGCUUUUAAGCAUCGGUAUUGAACUUAAAUCUUGCUGAGAAUAUGUGAAAUUAUGGGAUGUUUGGCUGGAGGAAAAACUCUAUCAUUGUGAACACAUGUACAUAUUUUGGUUUAUUUUGAUUAGUUUUAAUUUCUUACAUGUUGGGCUGACUUUACGUCUGGAUUAAAUUAAUGAUCAUUCAACUAUAUAAUAUACCUAUUUACUUACCAGCCGGGUAGCCGGGUGUCCUGAGGGACGUCUUUCAGGCCUAAUCCAUUAAACCUUAAUGUUCAUUUAUUGUAUUUGUAAUACACUUACCUUAUCCUUAAUGCCUACUUACAAUAUACUUAAUGACAACCAAAAAAGUACUUCAAAUGCCUA